AUGAACAUUUCCGGCAAACACAACCAAGCUCCGGGUGCAUAUCCGACACCCCCAACAUCCUAUCCUCCUCCCCCAGCUCAAAGCUAUAAUGGUCCGUACGUGAUGCCACCACCACCUAUCGGUUAUCCCACAAAGGAGAACACUCAACUACACAACGUGCCACUCGAGACCACUAGUAAAGGGGACAGUUUUUUCAAAGGAUGUCUGGCAGGUCUAUGUUGCUGUUGCUGUCUCGACAUAUGUUUCUAA